AUGGACCCGUUGGCUGCCCUUCCCGCCGAGAUAGUGCUGCGCAUCCUAGAGUUCGCAUCCAUCGGCAGCAUCGCAGCCCUGACCAGGACCAGCACAUCGUGGCAGGCCUUCAUCGAUCAUAUACAUCAAGAUGCCAUCUAUGCCGCCCACCUCCCACGCGUCUCGCCCGCGACCACACCACACGAGUACAUGGGCGCCUUGAAGGCCUUCCGCCCCGACUCUGUCUCCCGCGGCGUCAAGUCAUGGAAAGAAGCCUGCCGGCGGCGCUGUCUCCUCCAGGACGCUUGGAACUCCCCAGACCCCAUGCCCGUCGCAUCCGUGAUCCAGAUUGGCAUCCAUCCAGUCUGGCGUUUCAAGCCCGACUUUGAUCGUAGGCUCAUUAUGUCGACGAGUCAAGCAGGUGGUGUCAACGUGAUCGAUAUGGACACGGGCGACCUCCUCUGGUCCCUGGGACGCCAUGAGGUGCGGCCGUUUGCUCAUCUGGAGUACCAGAAUGGCACGGCUGUCUGGGACCGUUUCGGCAACGCGCUGGAGGUGUGGAAGACCGACCUGCCUGACUGUGGGAGAGGAGAGUUCCGCCGUGUAGCCCUACUGCAUCAUGACACCGAGACGCGAGGUUUUCAACUGUCAUACGAUACGCUCUGCGUAGUUUCUACCGAGGGAGAGGGCUUCGUGUACGAUGUCCCUGCAGCAUGCCCCGAAACACCAGUGUCGCUGCGGACCCAUCUGUGGAUCGCACACGGCGCUAUUGGCCACCUGGAUCAAGCCCAACAGGCCGUCAUGUACUCUAUGGGGCCAGACGGCUACCACUUCCAUGACAAGACGUCAGGCGAGCUGCUUGGCACCGUCCGACCACGGAGUGUUAGCCAGGUUCAAGUAUACCACGUCGCACACCCUGACACGUUUGCGUCUGACGCCAGCAACAUCGUUGACAUUAUCGGCGGCUUUGGCGGCAUACUCUCAACGCAGACCGGGCUGCCGUUUGGGCCCCAGAAUAACGCCGAAAGACUGACACCCAUGACGGUCGGGCGGGGCCGACUGACCUUGGAUCAGCGCCACGCGAACCCGGAGGAAGAAGAGGCACUUCAUAUUAUACCUUCGCUCGAUGAAGACGAGUGGGGCGCGGGCAUGCUAAAUGGGAACACAAUGGUUGGCGUGUCCCGUGGCGGCCGGCUGCUGGUUUGCUGGGAUUGGCAUCGAGCCCUCCACCGCCCACAAGACCUGGCUCUGAUUGCGGCCAUUGUGGAGUGUGAGCCGAGCGGCGAGAGGAGCUUCGACCUGGGGGGCUGGCUGUCUAUCCAUGAGACUGUUGGUGGUAAGCGCGUGCUAUUCGAGGUCAAGGAGAGAAUCUAUGUGCUCUCUCUCGGCGACGAGGGGAAAUUUGAGUUGGGCAGACCAGCCUUCGCAGUAGCACAGAGUAUUGCGCCACAGAUCACGGUCCCGGUCAGUUUUAUGGCCCUUUACGACGACUGCUUCAUGAGCACCUUCACGACACUGGGCAUGGAGCUGGAGGACGACGGUGACGAAGUGUCAGAGGAACAGCUGGAGCCUCCGCGCAGAGAGAGAUAUUUCCCAACGAAGGCGGUCAGGGUGAUGUGCCUCGCACCUGAUGUGGGUGGGCACUCCUCGCAUAGCACCGAGGCGUAG